AUGACAGCACAGACGACUUCGAAUCCCGAGGAUUUGGUAACAUCUAUGGCUGGUUUGAGUUUUGAAGAGACUCGAAUGUUGUGGAGCAAUGGGAGCAUCCUGCCUACUUCCCAAGAUGCUCCGGCAAUCAAAUCUCUGUCGCUUAAUCCAUUGCCUUGGGAACUGCCGCACGCCACCUCACAAUCCAUCCCGAUGGGUCCAAAUAAUAGAGAACAAUCCACUGGUAAUAAUUUCUCGGAAUCUGGUAUGGUUGAAGGUGGACUUUUGAUGUCUCCUGGAUCGAAAGAUAUGGCAGCACUAGGGAUGCAAAUGGUAGAUCAGGUACUCAGUAAUUCUCCCGGCAAUGGAGCUCUCUUUUUACGGGAUUUGACGGAAAAUUACAUGGGUUCUUUCCAUGCAGCUUCUGCUGCUUCAGCCUUGACUUAUCCCAAUGCGCCUACUUCUGCCUUUCAAUUUGAGCCUGAAAGUCGUUCCAACGAACCAGAACUAUACAGUGGUACUGCCUUACCACAGUCAGUAGGCUGCUCUGUCUCAAACUGUUUCAAUCCAUCACAGUUCUAUAUGCGUCCAGGUUCUGGUACACCACGACCUGUAGUUCCGUCUUUGCAGAUGUCCUACUCCAUGAUGCCGAAUAGAUCGUGUGAUGGUGUGCAGUAUAAUAACAUGAAUGGAGCCGAAGCUAUCGGCUCAGAACCACUUGAAGGCUGUGUUCCACCGGAUACGCUUCUCACACAUAUCAUCCGAGCCCAAUCGGGAAAUGAGACUCCGGUUUCUAAUAUCGUGUCGUCGUCCACGACUGGGUAUCCAAUGAAUAACGUGCCUAGUUCUCAAAAUGGUAUGGCCGAUCCACAAAGACCAGCAAGCCAACCUGAACCGGGUCAUACUUUUCCUAUGUUUGCCCCACCGGAUCACUUGUCUCGUAUGGAUUCCACUGGAAAAAUAAACUACGGCCCAAUACAAGGACUCGGUAGUCAGUUGUGCCAGUUUCAAGCAAUGUUUCCAAACACACAAGCCAACUUGGGUAAUUCCUCGGCUCCAGAAGUUGCGGUGUAUCACAAAAUGAACGCACAUCAGUCGGGUGGCGUUGUGGGAACCGCAACCGAGGCGGAAGGAAUUUUUCCUGGUACUGCGAUACCUUCCGUUUUCGGGCAACCUACUGAAAUGACCGCUCCAAAUGGAUGUACCGGGUACUCCUCCACACCGUUGGAAUAUUUAUCUGGUGGUCCAUAUACCGAUCCAAAUACCGGUCGUCUGUCAGAACAGCAACAUAUAAGUGAACAAGCGAACAGCGCGUUAUCUAUUUCAUCGCAGUUUGGACCACCAACAUACGGAGCGUCGGUUGGUGUACCAAAGUAUCAACCAACUCCACUUUACCAGCGCGGGCCCUCACCUGCUCCAGGCGGAUCAGAUGUCCCUGGGAGUGCGUGCGGUGUUGCAGCGGGGGGCUACGCACAUCAGAUUUAUGGUCAACAUACAGUGGAUUCGUUAGGUGGGGCGCCAGUAGGCAGCUCUGCAAUCGGGCAGCACUAUUUAGGGGGAUCCUUAGGAAACCAACCUACAGGGCCGGCAGUUUUCUCACAACUUCCAUCGGGAGGCUUAUAUCAGUCUUUAGUACCACCAGGGGAGCAAGCAACCCAAUUCACCCAACAAACAACAGCACCUGAACAGCAGCAGCAGCAGCAACAACAACAACAACAACAGUCGGCAGCUUUGUUCGCACAUACCUUCCAGCUUCUAACUGCAGCAGCUGCUGCUCGCAAUCUCGGUACGGGAGUUUGUGACCCACGGAUUUCCGGUCCAGGCCCUCAAAACACCAAUCCUCCCAUGGGGACUCCCGCAGUCGAGAACGUUGCUACCGGCGCUACCCCAUCUGCUCUGAACCCAUCCAUCCAAUUCCCCCAGUCUAUGCUUCCAACCCACCUACAGGCUUACUCCACACAGUCGUUUUUACCGCCCAGUGCACCUCCUGUCGAAAGUCCGCUGCCACGUGGUCCUGCAGGUACUCCAAUAAAUUCCCUCGACGGUCGAUCUCAGUGCACUGGAUUACCUGGGACAACCAGCUGUGGCGUUGGGACUGGACCACCGCCAGUUUCUUCACCACUCAUGUACCCUGCGUUGCAACCCCCAGGCAUGUAUCCAGCAAACGAUUUGAUUGCAAAUACCGAUUUCCAGCAGUUGAGCAUGAAUUUCGGGGCGCAAAAUACAACAAACCCGAUCGCCAAUAGGGUGUUUCCUCAUUCCACCAUUCAUCCAUCAGCUCAACCCCCAGCCGGCACGGGAGCUGCGGUAAACCGAAUGCCCUUCAUUCCAAUUGGUACGGUGGAAACACAAUCCCCACCACCAAGGCCAUCUGCUACUUUUGCUAGUCUACGAAAUGCAAUCGUCCCGACUAACUUCCGUGCUCAGGGUCCAUCUUCCAACAUGUAUGCCUCGCGCCGCGGUACAAGCAGUGGGGGCGGUGCCCCGAAUUCCUCCACCUCGUCAUCUGUGCCAAAUCCCCGCUUUUCUCAUCGUGCUCCUCCACCGAACACUUUUUCACAACAGCUCAGUUUACCAUUCAUGCCUCCACCUCUUCCACCUUAUCAUGCUCGACAUCCUUUACACCAACCACCUCCCGUUCUUCCACCACCAGGCUUCUUGCCCCCGUCCACACUUGCACAGCGACCUGAAGUAACAAAUUCUGUGAACAAUUCUUUCUUCAACGCUGGUCGUUCUAGCUACGCGGAGGUUGUUGGCGGCAAGUUUUCUAAGGAGCACCAUCCCACAACACUUACCCAUCCCGUGAAUCCAGCAGUGGCGGCCGCUUUGGCUCUCGCUGCUGCACAACAGCCUAAUGGCGUGGCUGCGGGCUUUGGUGUCCGCCAGCCGGCAACAUCUCAUCCACAUUUUCAACAACCGUACUAUAAUCUACCCAUAGCAUCAGGUCCCAACACAGGAUAUCACACCGGUCCGACUACAAAUUCCUAUCCUCAGUCAAAUCCAUCACAAAUGAACCCUUAUGUUCAUACAGGUCACUCGAAUCCUAUGGUGCCUUUAGAGAGGAGCCGAUUACUCGAAGAAUUCCGGUAG